AAUGAAAAUUUCAAAACAAAAGGCAAAAGCCAAAAGUGUCAGAAAACUGGAGAAAAAAGCACGAAAGAUCUGCGGACAUAUUGGCUGCACAGGCAACGAAAAUGAAGCAGACAUGAAUCCACAAAGCCAAAAUAGCUAAGCAGGAGAAAGCCCUUGGAGCGGAAAAUCCUCAGAGGCGAAAAUGGAAGAAUCAAUGGUGAAACUUGAAGGAUCGGUAGCCGCGCCGAUGAUAUUCUUUAUUGUCGUCGCUGUUCAGUACCUCUCCCGCUAUGUCGAAAUCAAUAUGAGUAGAGUUUCUGUAAAUGCCGGGGAGUUGCAAUUGCGCGCAGAAAUUAAGCAGCUGCUAAAGGAGGCGAAUGCCAUGUCGCAGCCUUCAACGUUUGCUCAAGCUGCCAAACUAAGGAGGAUGGCAGCAGCCAAGGAGCAGGAACUUGUAAAAAAUCAUGAAAAACUCAGAAAAGAAAUGAAAUCGUCAUAUGAUUCACACACAAAGACCCUGAUUAUCUUAAAGCUGCUGAUCACACAGUUUCUAAUGUACUUGUUGCUGAUUAUAUGGUUUUGGCGUAUCCCUGUGGCUUCCAUACCUAAGCAGCUCGUGCAACCUUUUGGUAAGAUAUUGUCUUGGCGAGCUGGAGGUCAUGUGAAUGAAAACGUCAUGGGAUUCCACAAUGGGAAGGUUCUGGGGAUUGGUUAAGAAAAGGAAGGAUUGUACAUAUUGCAAGAGGCAAUAAAACCUGCAAUGGGAGCAACAAUUCAUAAGGAGGACAAUAGUGGAAAGCUGUGGCAUUGGAGACUAGGGCAUCCUUCUAUUGGAGCAAUACAACACAUUGUAGAUGUCAAGAAUAAAGUAGAUGCUGAACUAUUAGGAUCUGUGAAAUUUGUCCCUUGGCAAAACAAAGCUGACUAAAAUUUCCUAAUAGCAACAGUAGAUCAAGUAGCCUUUUUCAAUUGAUGCAUCUAGAUGUAUGGGGUCCAUACAGAAAACCUACAUAUGAUAAAAUGCACUACUUUGUUACCAUAGUGGAUGAUUACAGCAGAUACACUUGGAUAUGUCCGAUUCAAUCUAAAUGUGAAGUGUUUGUAGUAUUGAAGAACUUUGCUUUAAUAAAGAAUCAAUUUGACAAG